UCAUUUAUUCAUUUAUAUAGCUGCACAUCUGGCAACCGGAUGUAAGAUGACAUCAUUCAUUUAUUAAUUCAUAUAGCUCCAGAUCUGGCAGCCCGAUGUAAAACAAUAUAAUUCGUUCAUUCAUUCAUUCAUUCCUUCAUUCAUUCAAUCAUUUAUAAAGUACCAGAUCUGGCAACCAGAUGUAGGACAACCAUUCAUUCAUUUAGUCCUAUAGCUGCACAUCUGGCAACCAGAUGAAAGAUAACCAACCAUUCAUUCAUUCAUUCAUUCAUUCAUUCAUUCAUAUAGCUCCAGAUCUGGCAACCUGAUGUAAGACAAUAUUAUUCUUUCAUUCAUAUAUCUGCACAUCUGGCAACCGGAUGUAAGAUAACCAACCAUUCAUUCAUUCAUUCAAUUAUUCAUUCAUUCAUACAGCUCCAGAUCUGGUAUCUUGAUGUAAGACAAUAUUAUUCAUUUAUUCAUGCAUCUGCACAUCUGGCAACCGGGUGUAAGAUAACCAACCAAUCAUUUAUUCAUUCAUUCAUUUAUUCAUUCAUAUAGCUUCAGAUCUGGCAACCCGAUGUAAAACACUAGAAUUCAUUCAUUCCUGUAUCUGCACAUCUGGCAACCGGAUGUAAGACAACCAACCAUUCAUUCAUUCAUAUAUCUGCACAUCUGGAAACUUGAUGUAGGACAACCAUUCAUUCAUUUAAUUAUAUAGCUGCACAUCUGGCAACGGUAUGCAAGACAACCAAUCAUUCAUUCAUUCAUUCAUAAAUCUUCACAUCUGGCAACCAAAUGUAAGAAAACCAUUCAUUCAUUCAUAUAACUCCAGAUCUGACAACCUGAUGGAAGAUAAUACAAUUCAUUCAUUUAUUCAUAUAUCUGCACAUCUGACAAUCGGAUGCAAGACAACCAACCAACUAAUCAUUCAUUCAUUUAUUUAUUUAUAUAGCUGCACAUCUGGCAACCGGGUGUAAAACAACAUCAUUCAUUCAUUCAUUCAUUCAUAUUUCUGCACACCUGGAAACCAGCUGUAGGACAACCAUUCAUUCAUUCAUUCAUAUAGCUGCACAUCUGGCAACCUGAUGUAAGACAACCAUUCAUUCAUUCAUAUAGCUCCAGAUCUGGCAAUCUGAUGGAAGACAAUAUUAUUCAUUCAUUCAUAUAUCCGCACUUCUGGCAAUCGAAUGUAAGAUAACCAACCAUUCAUUUAUUUAUUUAUAUAGCUGCACAUCUGGCAACCGGAUGUAAAACAUCAUUCAUUCAUUCAUUCAUGUAGCUCCAGAUCUGGCAACCAGAUAUUGUUUGUCUUCAGGAAGUGCAGGAGGAUCACUUUCAGGAGCAGAUGCAUCCCGUCCUGAUCAACAUGGGUUAUACAUGCAUCUAUAAGCGUCGCACAGGCUCAAAAACAGACGGUUGUGCUGUGUUAUACCGCGGUGAACGCUUCACUCAGCUCUCCGUCAGUCUGCUGGAGUUUCGCCGCUCGGAGUGUGAGCUGCUGGAUCGGGAUAAUGUAGGCAUCGUGCUGCUCCUCCAGCCCACGGCGGGACCCCAUCAUCAGUUUACACCGGUGUGUGUUGCUAACACACACCUCCUGUUCAACCCCAGGAGAGGAGACGUGAAGCUGGCCCAGCUCGCCAUCAUGUUCGCCGAGAUCCACAGCGUGAUGCAGAAAUGCAGGAGUGAAGGGAAAAGCUGCGAGCUGAUUCUGUGCGGAGACUUCAAUGCUGUACCCAGGAGUCCUCUGUGGACGCUGAUCACCACCGGGGAGCUCUACUACCACGGCCUACCGACAUGGAUGGUUUCAGGGCAGACGGAUUUGUCAUAUAAAGCUCAUCACAACAGGCUUUUCUCCCCAUUGUGGCCCAGCAGCCUCGGCAUCACUGACCGCUGCCAGUACAACACUGACACACACACCACAGCUUCAGAUGGUAAACAGCAGUACAGUCAUGAGUUCAUGUGUCAGCUGCGCUUCUGUGAGGCGGCGUGUGUUCGGCCUGCAGAUCUAGAGCUCAUACCCGGAGUCACAGACAAAACACCCGACCUAAGAGACAUGUUUAGUCUAAGGUUCAGUCCUUCUUUACGUCACAGGUUGAGUCUGACGUCUGCUUACAGUCAUAUUCAUCCCGAAACUCUGACUGACCUGGUCACGACACUGAACUCUGAAGGAGCUGCCAUGGUCGACUACAUCUUCUACUCCCAACGGCAGAAGAGCGGCUUCAACGGAGGCGGAGAGAGCGCUGGUGGUCUGAAACUGCUGGCUCGUCUGUCUCUGCUGUCUGAAGCUCAUCUCUGGUCUCUGCGAGGUUUACCCGAUGAAAGCUUCCCCUCUGAUCAUCUCAGCCUGCUGGUCAAACUUCAGCUCAGCUCAGCGGAUAUAUGACCACGCUAGCACUCGUCUUCUUUAUUAUUUUAACUGCCUUUGUAUUGUAAAUCGCACAAAGAAAUUCAGUUUUGGUCAGAUCAGUAUUUUGUUGUGUAUUCAGAAUUUUCAGUGUAUGUGUGUUUAUUACAAUCUACCAUGUGAGGAAAUCUGACACGGCGUGUAUAAUUGACAGUGUUCCUAAUUAAUAAAUCAUAAUUAUACACUU